UUGUUGCUUUAGCUGAACCUCUAUAUAUCUAAGAUUUUCCCGUCGUAUUUGGUCAAUAUUUAAAGCUUAAUCGAACUUUUCAGAUCUGGCCAUGGUUAUGUUUUUCCUGCAGAUUUGUGGCUUGGAUUUAUUUUCCCAUGCAGAAAAUAGAUCUUGGGACAUGCUUUAUUUGUAGGCGGUUCAUUGAAUUCGAGUAGAUCAUAGGUCUUUUUGCAUGAUAAUUGUAUAGUUUCUGACUUGUUUAUUAUUAUUGGUUAAAUGGGGAUAUUCUUAUGAUUGAAUUCUGUUUAGAGUUCUUAAAACCUGUUAAAGUCCAACUGUUUUUUUUUUUUUUUUUUUUUUUUUUGUUCGUAUUGUGCAAAUCUUUGUUCAUUUUUGUUAUGCCAUCCUGUCCUUGUUGCAAAGAUACUAUGGUAUUUGGUAAGCUCUAUCUAUUUCCUUCUGCAAGUUUAUUUCUUUAUCCUUUAUGAUUUGUUGACAAUGACUUGAGAGAUGUUGGAAGAGAAUGAUGAAGUGAGGGUGAGAUUUUAAUUAUGUUUGUGUGGAAUAUGAAUGGAUGGCUGUGUGUAGGCCCAGCCAGGAAUAUUUUGUGGCCAAGAGGUUGGAAAUCUGACAAGCUUUGCACCUUCGAGGGCACCCUCAGACCAUACUAGUUCUCUGUUUGUAAAGGGAGUUGCUCGAAAUGGUUCUCCCCCAUGGCGAGAUGAUGACAAAGAUGGACAUUACAUUUUUGCGCUUGGAGAAAAUUUAACUUCGCGCUAUCGGAUCCACGGGAAAAUGGGUGAAGGGACCUUUGGUCAGGUCUUAGAAUGCUGGGAUAGGGAGAGGAAGGAAAUGGUUGCCAUCAAAAUUGUCCGCGGUAUAAAGAAAUACCGGGAGGCAGCCAUGAUAGAAAUUGAAGUCCUUCAACAGCUUGGAAAACAUGAUAAGGGGGGCAAUCGUUGUGUGCAAAUACGGAACUGGUUUGACUAUCGUAACCAUAUAUGUAUUGUCUUUGAGAAGCUUGGACCAAGCUUAUACGAUUUUCUACGGAAAAACAAUUAUCGCUCAUUUCCCAUUGAUCUAGUCCGUGAGCUUGGCAGACAACUGUUGGAAUGUGUAGCAUUCAUGCAUGAUUUGCGUCUUAUACAUACCGACUUGAAGCCAGAGAAUAUACUACUAGUUUCUUCAGAUUAUGUCAAAGUGCCAGAUUACAAGGUUUCAUCUAGGUCACCCAAAGAUGGUUCUUAUUUUAAGAGGUUGCCGAAGUCGAGUGCCAUUAAGGUGAUUGAUUUUGGCAGCACAACGUAUGAACACCAAGAUCAUAGCUACAUUGUGUCAACGAGGCAUUACCGCGCACCUGAGGUUAUUCUUGGUCUAGGUUGGAGCUAUCCAUGUGAUAUUUGGAGUGUGGGUUGUAUUUUGGUGGAACUCUGCUCUGGUGAAGCACUGUUUCAGACACAUGAGAACUUGGAGCAUCUUGCCAUGAUGGAGAGGGUAUUAGGUCCAAUCCCACAGCACAUGUUGAAAAGAAUAGAUCGUCAUGCGGAGAAGUAUGUUAGAAGAGGAAGAAUAGAUUGGCCUGAAGGUGCAACUUCAAGAGAGAGCAUUAAGGCCGUUUUGAAGCUUCCUCGUCUCCAGAACCUGGUAAUGCAGCAUGUAGACCACUCAGCAGGCGAUCUCAUAGAUCUCUUGCAAGGUCUCCUUCGGUAUGACCCUGUGGAUCGGUUGACUGCUCAUGAGGCUCUCAGGCAUCCUUUCCUCACGAGGGACAAUCACAGGAGAGCUUGAAUUGUUUUAACUGUAAACUUAAUGGCUGAUAUGUGGGUGCAGAUGAUGUGGAUAUUAGCUGCUUCCCAUCUGCAAGUGAAGAACUGGGUGGGACAUUGUAAAGAAUAUAGUGCAUUCGGUAAUAGAUAAAUUCUAUACUGUUCACAGAAGUGUACCCGGUAGAGGCAUCCUCUCUUCGAUGUACAAAAAUUUCUUGGCAACUUGUUAAUUUAUAGUGAUAAUUCUUUCUUUCA